CUCAUGAUUAUACUGUCAUUUAACAGAGUGUCCUGCCCAGUUUUGGGGGCCUGACUGCAAGGGGAAAUGUAAUUGUCACCCCAAUGGUCAGUGUGAUGAUUUGACUGGCGAGUGUACCUGCAACCACAAUCGCUGGGGACCAAACUGUGAGAACGCGUGCUUAUGCCAAAAGGGCAAAUGUGACCAAGAGACGGGCAAAUGCACAUGCCACCCUGGCUUUUGGGGUCCCCAGUGCAACAACAACUGCUACUGCAGCAUCAACUCUGUAUGUGAUGCAGUGACGGGGCGAUGCAUGUGCAACUCUGGCUGGACAGGGAGGAACUGUGGAAUCCAGUGUAACUGUAACAAUUCACCAUGCGACCAGUUCACGGGACGUUGCCAGUGCCGAGAGAGGCUGUGGGGCCCACGAUGUGAACGAUAUUGUCAGUGUGUUCAUGGCAAGUGCAACCAGGCAGACGGCUCGUGUACCUGUACACCAGGGUACCGUGGGAAGUUCUGCAGAGAACCGUGUCCUGCUGGAUUCUAUGGUCAAAACUGCAGGAACAGGUGUGGACACUGCAAGGGCCAGCAGCCCUGUAAGGUGACAGAGGGAACCUGCAUCACCUGCGACCGAGGCUGGAACGGAACACGAUGUGAUCAGCUCUGCUCCAAGGGCUUCUUUGGUGAAAACUGCCAGGAAGUGUGUCCCACCUGUAAAGACGGUCACCACUGUGACCCCAUUCAUGGCAAGUGCUCUCACUGUAACCCUGGCUGGAUUGGGGACAGGUGUGAGGUGCGCUGCCCCAAUGGCACGUAUGGUGAGAACUGUGAGAACAACUGCAGUCACUGUUUUAACGGCAUCUGUCAUGUUGUCACCGGAGAGUGUCUAUGUGACCCAGGGUUUUAUGGCACCUACUGCAAUAUGACCUGUCAACCUGGCCAGUACGGAGUGAACUGCAACCUAACUUGCUCUUGCCAUGAGAAGAACUGUGAUCCUGUGUCUGGUGCCUGCUAUCUCC